CAAACUGGCACACACAGAGAGAGACAAUUCUGUCUGAAUUGAUCCCAUGUAUGAUAACUAGAAUUAUAAAUUCUCCAACAAGCAGAGAGAGAGAGAGAGUGAGUGAGUUGUGAAUGAGAAGAGAAAAAUGGUGUGGCCUUUGAAGGAGAGGAGGGGGCCAGCAUGGAAGCAAGGGUGGACAAUAAGCACUCUCUCCUCGCUAUCUGCACCUCCGUUGCAGCUGGUGGCCAUAGUCGGCAUCGUCAUGUUUCUGUUGUUUCUUCCGUCUUACAUAAACUUCAAGUCCACCCUGCACACAGCCACCAUAGCCUUCCACGUGUUCCUCUUGUUUCUGCCCCUUUUCUUGAUUUUAAUUGCCUACACCAUCUCUAAGCAUGGGCCACGCCUCCUGGUUCCGCCGCCGCCGCCGUUCUCCGGUGGCAUACGACUGCGAACACCACCGGGGGGGUUUCCUUGGGGCGUAGCGGCGUUGGUGGUCUUGCUUUUGGUUCUCGCCUCCUACCUCUCCGAUUUCCGGUCCAUGUGGUCGCCACUCAUUUCGAGACCCUACUAGAAUUCCUACCAUCAUAUCAUAUCAUAUAUGUAAGUCAUACUCAGUCAUUCAUCGAUACUACUACUUUACUUUCUUAGGCCCCGCCCAAUAUCACAUCAGAAUUUAUUAAUUAAUGAUUCAUUAUAUACGCUACUUCCUCUCUGUUUAAUCAUAUAACCGUGCUAUCAUGUACCUAGCAAGAAAGGGAGAUCAGAAAUAGUUAAGCACUUUAUAUGUA